AUGAGGAACAAGGGGGGACUGCUGGGCAUAGGGUACAGCAACCUCGACCACAAUCCAAGCACUCUCCGGGACCACCCAGUCACCUUCCGGGACCACCCAGGCACCUUCCGGGACCACCCAGUCACCUUCCGGGACCACCCAACCACCAUCCGGGACCACCCAGUCACCCUCCGGGACCACCCAAGCACCCUCCGGGACCACCCAGCCACCCUCUGGGACCACCCAAGCACCCUCAGGGACCACCCAACCACCCUCCGGGACCACCCAAGCACCUUCCGGGACCACCCAGAGACCUUCUGGGACCACCCAAGCACCCUCCGGGACCACCCAGCCACCCUCCGGGACCACCCAAGCACCCUCAGGGACCACCCAAGCACCCUCCGGGACCACCCAAGCACCCUCAGGGACCACCCAGCCACCCUUAGGGACCACCCAAGCACCCUCAGGGACCACCCAAGCACCCUCCGGGACCACCCAAGCACCCUCAGGGACCACCCAGCCACCCUUAGGGACCACCCAAGCACCCUCUGGGACCACCCAGCCACCCUCCGGGACCACCCAGAGACCUUCCGGGACCACCCAAGCACCCUCAGGGACCACCCAACCACCCUCCGGGACCACCCAAGCACCUUCCGGGACCACCCAGAGACCUUCUGGGACCACCCAAGCACCCUCCGGGACCACCCAGCCACCCUCCGGGACCACCCAGCCACCCUCCGGGACCACCCAACCACCCUCAGGGACCACCCAACCACCCUCCGGGACCACCCAAGCACCUUCCGGGACCACCCAGAGACCUUCUGGGACCACCCAACACCCUCAGGGACCACCCAAGCACCCUCAGGGACCACCCAGCCACCCUCCGGGACCACCCAACCACCCUCCGGGACCACCCAGCCACCCUCUGGGACCACCCAACCACCCUCUGGGACUUCCAGUAUCCCUUCUUCAUCUGGUUCCAGCGAUUUUUGCCAAGGAAGUCGCUGUGGAGGUGAUGCAGCCUGUGUUAAUCUGAAUAAAACAGGGUUCUGCCUGUGUGUGGAAGGGUAUUACUACAGCUCUUCCUCAUGUCUGAAAGGAAAGACAUUCCCUGGAUAUAUUAUAGUACAAGACGUUGAAACAACUGAUUUGGACGAUAAAAGUUCUUUAGCUUAUGAAGAGUUACACAAUAAAGUUACUACCUUUUUUGAAACGGCAUUGAACACUUCUGAUUAUGGACAAACCGUGAUUCUUAAAGUAAGCAUACUCCCUUCUCUGCCAGGAAAAUCUGAAAUGCGUGCUGAUAACAAGCGUGUUAAUGCUUCAGUAGUAAACAUUCUUAAACAAAGCACAAGUUUAAGUGAGGAAAAUGUAACUACUAUGAUUAAGAAGGCAAUCCCAUCAAACCAAAUUGGUGCUGUCCAGUAUGAGGAGGAAAAUAGGUGUGAAUUUUAUGGUUGUGUGGACACGGAUCAAGAUAAGUGCAGCAAUGGUUUACAAUGUGAAUGCAAACCUGGACUGCAAAGACCCAACCAGCAGUCCUCUUUUUGUGUUCCGCUAGAGUGUCCUGAUAACUGCAGUGCGGAGUUGAAGAAGCAAUGCUUAAAGAAGGACAGCGGGCAGCUCGAAUGCGUGUGCCAGCCCGGCUACCGGGAAGAUGAUAAUAGCGUCUGUCUAGAGUGUCCAUUUGGCUACAGUGGUCUGGACUGUGAAGACCAGUUCCAGCUGAUCCUCACGAUUGUGGGCACCAUCGCCGGCAUCCUCAUUCUUGGCUUGUUGAUUUCAUUGAUCUGCUUAGCCAGGUCAAAGAACAAGAAGAAUCAUAUUGAAGAACAGAAAUUGAUUGACAAUGACUUUCAAAAUCUACAAAUGCAGUCAACGGGCUUCAGCAACCUCGGAGCUGAUGGGAGCCUCUUCCCCAAAGUCAAAACAUCGACCUCCAAAGACAUCCAUGUGCAAAACCCCUAUGCAAACCAGAGAGGCGUGCCUCGCCCCGACUACUAGUCCAGAAUGAUAAAAAUUUGGAACCCUCCCUGGCCGGUGGCCCAACAUACAUGCCAUUACAUCGAGUGUUUGGAAAGAUGUAAAGAAGUGAGGGCCGCUGCAGGUCUGGCCACAGUGCCUCCCUCCUGCCUGACAGCUGUCCGUUACUGCGAGGAACAGCUCGCUGAGAAGUGCGAAAUUAAAUGCAAAUGCACCGAUGCUGUUUGCACUUGUAAGAUAGUUGAUUUUCUCCAAUCAGUACAAAGCACUAAGACAAUGAUUUGUUGCUUUUUGUCGUUGUCGUUUUCUUGUUUUUGUGGUAGGGCAGCAAUAACCAUUUCCCACCUAGAGGAAAGCUCUGGCCAUCGCUCAUUCCUGGGAGAUCGUUGUCCUUGAGUCCACAGGGCAUAAGCCACUCCUCCUGGGAGACUCUUGACUCCUCAGCCAUGGCACUUCCAGGAGAGGGCAAAGCCUGCCCUCUUUUAAGGUUCAUUCUCUGACAGAUCAGAAUGAACCUGCUCCUAUCCCUCCUGGCCACCGUUGGAUUGCCAAUAGCCGAGGCCUGGUCUCACCCCAACAAGACAGGAAAGACACGCCUUGCAGCUUUAUCAGACGGACUCAUUGCGAAUCCAGGAAGUUUUUGAUGUUAUUUAGAAGACUGAGA